AUGACGAAGAUACCGUACAACCGCGUGCACGUGCGCGGCGAUGUGCUGUUCACUGCUCGAGGUGGCAACAUCCACUCAUUCAGCCUCCUCGACGGCAGUCAUAUCUCAGCAUGGCAACACCCAGAUGUGGCCAAAGUCGCAGAAGCAAUGAAGGCGAUUGCAGAUGCUCAGAAAGCGGGGGAGGCAGAGGAGACGCAAGGACAGAUCCAGGGCACCGAAGAGAGUGAGCCGCCUGCGAAGAGGCAGAAGCGUGAGGGAGAUGAAGGUGCUGGUGCUGAUGAUGCUCCUGCGCAAAAAGAGGACGUUGUGGUUCCUGGCGAUGCGCCGAAAGAACACAGCAAGAAGAAGGGCAAAGGUGGGAAGGGAAACGCUUCCGCGAAAAAACAAGUGGCGCGGGUGCCCGAUCGACCGGUCAUAACCCUUCUCACCAGCACAACCGAUGGCCAACACGUAUUGGCCGUCUCCGGGCACGACAAGGUCAUAUGGGUGUUCGAGCACGAUGGCCAAGGAGGCCUUUCAUUGCUCAAUCAAAGGACCAUGCCCAAGCGGCCAUGCGCCAUUGCUAUCGCGCCCGACGCGCAAAUCAUCUGCGCCGACAAGUUUGGCGAUGUCUACGCCCUUCCUCUCAUUAUGACUGAACGCUCGCCCUCUUCAGGGGCGGGUCGAGUAUCUACUUCGACACCAGCAAAGAAGUCAAGCGAGCCCGCGGCAAACACAUUCACCGUUCAUUCGCAGCGCAACCUCGAAGCGCUUGAGAACCAGAGGAAGCAGUUGGAACUCCAACGGCAAAAGGCCGCUGAAAAGGAAGAGGGUCCCGACUUUGAUUUGACGCUGCUGCUCGGGCACGUCUCCAUGCUUACGUCGCUGGUGUUGGCGGAAAGCGAUGGUAGGAGAUACAUUGUGACGAGCGACCGAGACGAGCACAUCCGGGUCUCUCGUUAUAUCCCUCAGGCACAUGUCAUCGAGGGCUUCUGCCUAGGACACAAGGAGUUCGUCAGCGAGGUUGCGAUCCCUGCCUCGCGGGGCGACAUUCUGAUCUCCGGUGGCGGUGACGAAGAGCUCUUCGUAUGGGAUUGGAAAGCUGGAAAGCUUCUGUCCAAGGCCAGCAUACUCUCCCUCGCUCGAGAGAUUGCCCCAGACACGUCAAAAGUGGCUGUGACGGGCAUCUGCUCUUUGACCUACCCGUCCGAGUCAGGAGACCUGACCUAUGUCUUGGUUAUUUGCGAGCAGAUCAAAGCCAUCUUCACUUGGCAACUUACUCCGGACAACAUCCUCAACCACCCGGGCGUCAUCCAGCUGCCUGCAAACCCUUUGCAGCUAGCGGUAGCUAAUGCCGAACCCAACAGCAACACACUCCCGAAGAUCAUCGUCGCUGCGGACCCGGGGCAGGCAUCCGAAGCCAAGAGCUUGCAGAUUUUCGCACUUGCAAUGAGCGAGGGCCGACUGUCUGUGGCCAAGGAGCUGCCUGUGCACGAUGACAAGUUGGAGAGCAGUGCUGCGGAGGCAUCUGAUAAGGAGAUUCACAAUUUGCUGUAUACGGUUGAGAAUCUGAGGAAGCAAACUGGCGGAACGGAUGGCGAGGCUGGGGAAGACGAGCCCGAGGCAGAUGUUGAAGGGGAUAUCCCCGCCAAAGAAGCUUAG